UCGGGGGGCGCGCCAGCUCGGAGCGGAGGAGCGUCCGCGGCGUCGGUCCGGGUCGGGGUCGCCAUGGGGCGAGGCGGCGGCACCUUCGAGCGUCUCCUAGACAAGGCGACCAGCCAGCUGCUGCUGGAGACCGACUGGGAGUCCAUCCUGCAGAUCUGUGACCUGAUCCGCCAGGGCGACACGCAAGCGAAGUAUGCUGUGAGCUCCAUCAAGAAGAAAGUCAACGACAAGAACCCCCACGUGGCCCUGUACGCCCUGGAGGUCAUGGAGUCGGUGGUGAAGAACUGUGGCCAGACGGUGCACGACGAGGUGGCCAACAAGCAGACCAUGGAGGAGCUGAAGGAGCUACUGAAGAGACAGGUGGAGGUGAACGUCCGGAACAAGAUCCUGUACCUGAUCCAGGCCUGGGCGCACGCCUUCCGGAACGAGCCCAAGUACAAGGUGGUGCAGGACACCUACCAGAUCAUGAAGGUGGAGGGGCACGUCUUCCCGGAGUUCAAGGAGAGCGACGCCAUGUUUGCCGCCGAGAGAGCCCCUGACUGGGUGGACGCCGAGGAGUGCCACCGGUGCAGGGUGCAGUUUGGGGUGGUGACCCGCAAGCACCACUGCCGGGCGUGCGGGCAGAUCUUCUGCGGAAAGUGCUCCUCCAAGUACUCCAGCAUCCCCAAGUUCGGCAUCGAGAAGGAGGUGCGCGUGUGUGAGCCGUGCUACGAGCAGCUGAACAAGAAGGCGGAAGGGAAGGCGGCCGCCCCCACGGAGCUGCCCCCGGAGUACCUGACCAGCCCCCUGUCGCAGCAGUCCCAGCUGCCCCCGAAGCGGGACGAGACGGCCCUGCAAGAGGAAGAAGAGCUGCAGCUGGCCCUGGCCCUGUCACAGUCGGAGGCUGAGGAGAAGGAGAGACUGAGACAGAAGUCCAGCUACACCGCGUACCCCAAGGCAGAGCCCACGCCUGUGGCCUCCUCGGCGCCACCCGCUGGCAGCCUGUACUCAUCUCCUGUGAACUCCUCAGCGCCUCUGGCUGAGGACAUGGACCCUGAGCUUGCCCGGUACCUGAACCGCAACUACUGGGAGAAGAAGCAGGAGGAGGCUCGGCGGAGCCCCACGCCCUCCGCGCCUGUGCCUCUGGCGGAGCCGGCCGCCCAGCCCGGGGAGGGGCACGCAGCCCCCGCCAGCGUGGGGGAGGCGCCCCUCCCUGAGACAGACCCUCAGCCUGCGCCGGCCUCCGGGGGCCCCUUCAGCGAGCAGCAGUACCAGAACGGGGAGUCGGAGGAGAGCCACGAGCAGUUCCUCAAGGCCCUGCAGAACGCAGUCAGCACCUUCGUGAACCGCAUGAAGAGCAACCACAUGCGGGGCCGCAGCAUCACCAACGACUCGGCCGUGCUGUCGCUGUUCCAGUCCAUCAGCAGCACCCACCCCCAGCUGCUGGAGCUGCUGAACCAGCUGGACGAGCGCAGGCUGUACUACGAGGGGCUGCAGGACAAGCUGGCGCAGAUCCGGGACGCCCGGGGGGCCCUGAGCGCCCUGCGGGAGGAGCACCGGGAGAAGCUGCGCAGGGCGGCCGAGGAGGCCGAGCGCCAGCGCCAGAUCCAGCUGGCGCAGAAGCUGGAGAUCAUGCGGCAGAAGAAGCAGGAGUACCUGGAGGUGCAGCGGCAGCUGGCCAUCCAGCGCCUGCAGGAGCAGGAGAAGCAGCGGCAGCUGCGCCUGGAGCAGCAGAAGCAGACGGUGCAGAUGCGGGCCCAGAUGCCCGCCUUCCCCCUGCCCUAUGCCCAGCUCCAGGCGGUGCCUGCUGCAGCCGGGGGCGUGCUGUACCAGCCGUCCGGCCCGGCCAGCUUCCCCGGCACCUUCAGCCCAGCAGGCUCCGUGGAGGGCUCUCCCAUGCACGGCGUGUACAUGAGCCAGCCGGCCCCAGCUGCUGGCCCGUACCCCAGCAUGCCCGGGGCUGCGGCAGAUCCCAGCAUGGUGAGCGCCUACAUGUACCCAGCAGGCGCCACCGGGGCCCAGGCGGCCCCCCAGGCCCAGGCCGGGCCCACCGCCAGCCCCGCCUACUCAUCCUACCAGCCCACGCCCACCCCAGGCUACCAGAACGUGGCCCCCCAGGCCCCGCAGAGCCUCCCGGCCAUGCCCCAGCCGCCCGCACAGUCGAGCACCCUGGGCUACCUGGGGAGCCAGUCCGUGUCCGUGGGCUACCAGCCGUACGGCAUGCAGAACCUCAUGAGCGCGCUCCCUGGCCAGGACGCGGCUCUGCCGCCCCAGCAGCCCUACGUGGCCGGGCAGCAGCCCGCGUACCCGCAGCCGCCCCCCGCGGCCCCGCAGCCGCCCGCACAGGGGCCGCCCGUGCAGGGCAGCGAAGCCCAGCUCAUCUCCUUCGACUGACCCUGGAGUAGCCACAGCGCACGCGGACGCCGAGCCCCCCCCCCGCCCCCGCUUCAGGUCCUGAGUCGUCUCUGGCUUCUCUCCCCGGGCCGGGCCUCGGGGAGGGCGGGCGGGAGGGAAGACCCCUCCCCAGGGAGACCCGCCGCCCCGUGGGUCAGGUGGCCACGCGGACUCUGCCGGGGCGUCUCCCGGCCCCGCCACAGCCAGGGGCGGCGGCUCAGGGUCUCCACUCCCGCUUCCCAGCGCCCCCUCCCCUGCAGCGCCACCGCGGUAAUAAAAGAAUUCCAG